AUGGACAAUGAAUCAAAUUGUACUGAUAUUCGAAGUUAUUUAUGGAAGUCAAAAAAUGAUUUGACACUUCAUCCCAUCGCAAUCUGUAUAUUUUUGAUCUUAUACACAUUCAUAAUCACGUAAGUUUUUUGUUUCUUUUUCCAAAAGUAUGUAUCUUAAAAAAGCCUAUUAUUUUUCUCUAAAGACCAAUUUAAUUAUACCAAACCCUAACCCAUUUAUGUAUCAAACAUGGUGGUCUUUGCAAAAAAUAAUUCAUCCUAUUGAAACACAUUUGGUCAAUGAUCUUUCGAGAUAUCUCAUCAGUUCGGCUUGUUGAAAAAUGCAAUAUGUAAGCCAUGGGUUUAAAAGUGCUUCAUUUUUUUUGCUGAGGAUCAUAAUGACUUUGGGUGAAAAAUGAGAAAAAUGAAAUGACAUGAAAAACAAAGGGAUUUGAGAAUUAUUUUGAAAAGUCUCAUUUCUAAAACCAUUUUUUUUGUUUCAGACUUGGUGUAGUUGGAAAUUCGCUCGUUGUGAUCUCUGUAUUCAAACAUAAAUCACUUCAAUCAGUUCGGAAUAUGUUUAUCGUAUCAUUGUCCCUGUCAGAUAUUCUUGCUUCAAUUUUCAGUGGUUCAGUCACACCAAUCACUGCCUUUUCCAAAAUUUGGCUUUUCGGAACAAAUUUGUGCUAUUUUGUGCCACUUGUUCAGGUACAUUUUUAAAUGAAGUCACAUUUGAAUUAAAAAAUUUUCAGGGAUUCUCGCUAUGCUUCUCAACUCUUACUAUGACUGCGAUUUCUAUCGAUCGAUUUAUUUUGAUUGUUUUUCCCACGAAAAAGUGAGUUGAAUUAGUGAAAAUAUGUGAAAUCAAUAACGAAAAUUAUUUCAGGCCGAUCCAGAAGAAUCACGCUCUCCGCAUGAUAUUUUUCAGUGUCUCUGUAGCGUUGGCAAUCUCAAUACCUCUGUCAAUGAAGCAAAAACUAGUGGGAUAUGGAAGUUUCUGCGGGCAAUUUUGCACAGAGGAUUGGGGAAACUCAGACUUGCGUUCGGCAUAUGGUAGGUUUUAGAUGUUUGAUGUUUCACUCAUAUUUGUUUGACCUCCCUUCCUUCCUUCCUACUUACAAAUGUAUCAAAAUUAAUUAUUCAAUUGGGGAAUUGUGCAAGGUUCAAUGAGCUCUUUUUCAGGAACUGUUGUGAUGAUUAUUCAAUUCGUCAUUCCUUUGAUAAUUAUUGCUUUUUGUUACAUCGCAAUCAGCCUAAAAUUACGUCAGGUAAGAAAAGGAAUUCAGAAAAUGUGAUCAUAAAAUAAUUACAGGGUAUUCUUGUGCGUGGCAGUCAAAAAGAGCUGAUGUCCGACCAACGAAAAGCAGCAUUACAACGAAGAAUUCGAACAAAUCGAAUGCUCAUAGCUAUGGUAUGUUUGGGGUAAAAAAAGAAAACAAGAAAACACAAAUGAAAUAAGGUUGUUGUUUUUCAACUUACUUUUUUUCGAAGAAGACGACAACUGGGAAGAAAAAAAGAAAUAUGGUCUGAAAUAGAUCAAUUAGAGAUUGUUUUUGGUUCGACGUAAACAAGUAUCUUUUUGGUUAUUGAGCUUUUGAAUUAAGUUUUUGCAGCAAUUAGCAAAACCGGAUAUGUACAUGUGACAUUUAUUAAUUUAUAAAAGACAUUUUUUCUAGGUUGGUGUUUUCUUCUGUUGCUGGCUACCUUCAGUGGUCUUUAAUUUUCUUCGAGAUUAUUCUUGGCUUCCGAAUUUUGUUCUAGCUCAAGAAUAUCUUUUUGGACUUAUAACUCACCUAAUAUCCAUGAGGUAUGGAAACUUAUUUUUUGAUCAAGAUUAUUUGAUUUUUGUAGCUCUACAAUCUGGAACCCGUGCUUGUACACACUUUGCAAUGAGCAAUUCCGAGCAGCAUUUACAAUGAUUAUUCAAUCUGUUAAGAAUCUUGGACGGAAAGAAAAGGUACAUUAUUUUUGUUUUUGUUUUCGUCCAUCUUACCCCAGUCUUGUUCCAGUUUCAAAACAAUCAAAGCUGUUCGCAAUUGCUAAGCUCUGGUUUCAAAGAUCAAAGUACAAGAAGAUCAUUUGUUGCAGUACCCAGCUCUAUCUAA